GAAGGAAGCGUCGCAACUCGCAACAUCUUCAUCGUUGGUCAUCAUCGUCGCACGUUGCAAUCACGUAGACGGCGCGCGUUCCUUCUCGCCGAGAUUUUUUGCCGCUCGUCUCGCCGCUCGCCUCGCUCGUGCGAGUUACUCGAGCGAUGACGUGACGCGAGCAUCUACGGCACGUGCGGACGCAGUAAUCGCGACGUGAAAUCGAUUCCCAACUUCCAAGAAGCGAACGCUUUCCCCCCCAUUUCCCCCGCCGCCACCGUGGCUUCUAAUGCGCCGCAAAAACCAGCGACGGACAUAACCUCUAAAUCCCGAUUGUGGCCCGCGUGCACUGUGUACGCUCAGCAGCGUAAUUAUUUCGUUUUUAUGCCAUCGCUUCGCAUUGCUCUUUUUUUAUCGCGCCGUUAACUACUCUACUCGUCACUCCUCAUCGUUCUGGUUCCGCGUCAAUCUCGUGCGGGCGAAGCGCGGGACCAAAUAGAGGGACCAAACUGCGUCAUCGAGGACACCGUCGUCGUCGAGGACGUCGUGGAGCGUUCCUGUAAGAAAUCGAUAGUCCCAGAGUCAUUGAGUCUUCUUCUUUCUCUGGACGGAGCGUCGCAUCACGUGGAACGUCGCUGAUGAAGCGGAAUGGUUAAAAGGAUGUUGUAAGUCGAGAGCCGAGUGUAAGGAAACAUGACAAAUUGGAGAACGCUUCGUUGGAGAACGACGUUUGCUCAAUCAGGCUUCGUUAUCGCUAUUGAAAAACGGCGCCGCAUGCUUAUUAAAUAUCUACAAGCGCGCACGCACACGCAUAUCCCGGUUGCGUAAUAACAGCGAUAAUCGAUUAAAAAACACGCGGCGCCUUUUUGUUCCCUCUAACCUAUCUCUGGCCGCUGCGCCUUUGCGGUAUCAUGUGUCAUGUUUACCGUAUCGAUACUAUUGGAUGGCUAUUGGGUGUUGCUAGGUCAGUUACGGGCGACACGACGGCCUGCAAUCCGAAGAUGUCGCAUGGACCGCAUACAUAGGUGAAAUGUCUCGCAGUCUGCCGGACAGAGUGGCUGGGCUAUAUUAUGCCCACGGCCUAUUCUGCUCCUCUCAUCCCGUCAUCGUACUCUCCCUCGCGAUAUCGGUUCUUUUAUUAUGCUGCUAUCCACUUGUCAAUCUGCCUAUGCCGGGCAAUGCCCCAAAAAUCCUAAUCAACGACACUGUCCUACCAGCGAACGGCACGGAGACCUCGGUACUGUAUGUCCAACAAGUGGUACUAAGGAUCGGAGUGAUGCCAUGGAGCGAAGACCUGACGCUGAUGGAUGCCUUCAGAGGACCUUUAUACGAAGUGUUCAAUCUCUUGGAGAUCAUACGAAACUAUCAGCAUCCAGAAACAUUAAAAACACUUGGCCAAGUAUGUUUGCACAUUGAAGCAGUGAAAAAAAGAAAUGGCAAGAAGGCUGAGGUUUUGCCGGAAUACAACUGUCUUGUUCUAUCGCCCGCGAAUCUCUGGCAACAAAGUAUAGAGUUAUUUUCUCAAGACACAAAUCUUAUUAACACUAUAUUUUCGUAUCAGAAUCUUCAAAGAGGUAAGAUAAGUCUCGCAGAAGUGAUGUUUGGAAUGAGUUUAAAGGAAACAGGAGUGAAACGAUAUCCUGCUCGGGUUCGCCAGAGAAUUCUCCAAUAUGCCGUGACCAUUUAUUUAAAGAAAUAUGAUCAGGAAUUUAUAAAAGGAUUGCAGCACCGACUGCGAACCUAUUAUCAGCUGCAUCAAACCGUCGACAAUAGCACGGACGUUGAUACGCGCAAUGAAGUAUUAAAUAUUUUCUAUCCUGGCGAAUUCAAUUACAGUGAAUUCUUCCCGUUGAUGAUGACUUCCCUAGCCUUAUUUUUCUACGAAUACUUCCAAGUGCGGAAAAUAGAACUGGUAAAGUCUAAAAUUGGCAUUGCAUUCAGUGCCAGCAUAACAGUGAUGGGCUCGUUAUCAAUGACUGUGGGUGUGUGCUUUUUCUUCGGUCUGACAUUGAGCAUGAGUGCUAAGGAAGUGUUUCCGUACUUGGUGAUUAUCUUCGGCCUUGAGAAUAUUCAAGUAUUGACUAAGAGUGUCGUUAGCACGCCAGCCCAAUUGGACGUAAAGAUACGUGUCGCUCAGGCUUUAUCUAAAGAAGGAUGGUCUAUUACAAAGAAUCUGCUCACAGAAGUGACGAUCCUAACUAUCGGUUUAUUUACUUUUGUCCCUGCUAUCCAGGAAUUUUGUAUAUUCGCCAUUGUUGGAUUAUUGAAUGACUUUUUCUUACAAAUGGUAUUCUUCUCGACGAUCCUGGCGAUCGACAUCAGACGAACAGAGUUAUCCAGCGAGAAUUCCAAGUUUCACUUGUCGCACGUUCAAACAUCACGCAGACAACAGUUUACCACUACCAUUACCAAUAGGAAACCUCAUAUAUUCCGUUCUAAAUCUCAUCCGAGAUUGAACGGCCUGUCUACUGGCCCGACGAACGUUAUUGCCCCGAAUACACAAAAUACUCAUACACUGGACAAGAUCCCCAAGCGUUUGAGAUUGGUGCAUUUAUGGGCGCGAACACGAAUCUUCCAGCGUGCAUUUAUGGUAGGAAUGGUUGUGUGGAUUAGCAUGACUAUUAACGAUUCUGGUAUCAUCGAGCACAUAAUACAUCUUAGCGAGACGUUAAAGCCAGAAGCUGAUAUUGAUGGUUAUACGGUAGACAAGCCUCCAUCAUUAAACGAUUAUGUUAAGCUAAAUACGGUAACACCUAUUUCUAUAUCGCCUGCAACUGUAGCCCCGAAUAAUUUAAACGAACAGGAUUUAACUAAUAAUACAACAGAGGAAUUAAAUAAGCUGAGACCUAUGGAUUUUCCGCCUUGGAAUAGUUUGUCACUGUAUCAUUGGUCUUCGAUUCUUUCAAUGUACAAUGUGUCGGUUGCUGGUGGGCGAGUGACUAUAUUACCGACUAUAAAAUUAGCACACGCGGUAAGCCCGCAAUUAGCAAAACAAAUUAGCAAUCCAAAUGAUGUUCAACACUUCCAGUGGCAGAGUCUCGCUACCGCUGCGCUUGAUCCUUUAGAUUUUUCAGAUAUGGAAGUACCAUCGAGAUCAGAAGGACGUGUAUUUAAUACGGAUACGCCUUUUGUACCGUCGAGUCCGAUGGAAAUAUUUCUAGCCGCUCUGCUGUGUCUUAUUAGCGUAAUCGUGGUUGCUUAUACAAUGGUCGUAUUAUACCGUUGUGUCUGCACGAGAAAUUACGCGGAGUGGCGAGCCAGUUGGCACCAGCAAGAAAAAACGCACGAUUACGUUACUCAGUUAGUGCUGGAAGCUGUGCCUCUGGUCUUGGAAGGUCAUACUCAGGAAGUAGAAUGCAUCGCGACGGACGGUAACACCGUUGCUAGCACAUGUUUAGCAGGACAUAUCAGAAUAUGGGACUCGACGUCUGGCGAGCAAUUGGCACAUAUCGAUAGACGACAAUUUUUCAGCGGUCCGCAGAAAACGCUGAGUCAAGCGUCGCCGGAUGCCGACGAGCUGAUGUCAGAUUACGAAAGCGGUUCACCACCUUCCCGGGGUGAAAUGGAAGUGACGCAGUCAAUGGGACUUUAUUCACCGACCUCGGCGAUGUAUCAGGGAAAGUUAUCUCCCGCUUACAAUAUGCGAAGAGUUAAUAGUAACAAUAACAAUGACCAUAAAAGACGAUCUGUAGGAAAUAUGUUAGAUUACGAUUAUCAAAUCAAUGAACUUAGUAGCGACAAUAAGCAGAAGCUGUUACGUCGAAGCUUAGGCAGUGCCUACGAUCUUCCUGAUCUAAAACCGGCGAUAAACAUCAAAUUCUCAACUAUAAAAUAUACACCCUCGCAAAAAAAUUAUGAUCAAGGCUAUGACUUCGGGGAGCGAUAUAAAAUCUUAUUCGAUGAACACAAUAAGUCGAUCGAGGAGAUGCAAAAAUCUAAAAUCAGGGAACAAUUAGGUGUUUUUCCCGCAAGAUCGAAUAAUUUAGUUGGCAGCACAUCCUCCAUAAAUACCGACCGCACAAUACAAUCGUCGCCCAUUAUAGCGGCGAUUUGGUGUAUGGAUUAUCAGGAAAAUCUUAUAGUAGUAGGGUGCGCUAAUGGCAGUCUAGAAUUCUGGGAGGGCACGACCGGUAGAUUCAAGUGUCUCUUCGAUGAUGGAUCAGGACUUGGAAUCUCUGCCGUUAAACUCGUUGGUAGCAGAGUAGUGGCAGCUAAAUUGAAUGGUGCUGUUGACUUUCUGCAACUUGAGAGCUACAGUGAAGGCCAGCAGAUUGAUUGGGGCUUCACAUCUUACAGAAGAACACAUGUACGAACGGGAAGUGCUGGUUCGCCCAUGGAUCUAAAUAACUACAUGCAAACGGAGGAAGAUUUGCGCUGCAUGAAAAUUGGCUUUCAUAGAGCACAUCAACAAGCGAUCACUGUUUUAGAUAGCGAAGGUGGACGUGUAUUAACAGGCAGCCAGGAUCACACCUUGAAAGUAUACAGGUUAGAGGAUCAGCUGCCUCUGUAUACACUUCAUGGGCAUUGCGGUCCGAUAUCGUGCCUCUUUAUCGAUAGAAUAAGUCCCAUGACAUCCGGUAGUGGGUCUCAAGAUGGGUUACUGUGUGUGUGGGAUCUUUUGACAGGAGCAUGCAUGUAUAGUAUUCAAGCCCACGAUGGUGCUGUAGCCGCUAUCACAUGCUCAGUGUCCUAUGUGAUAAGUAUCGGAACAGACGAAAGACUGUGUGUCUGGGAACGCUUUCAAGGACACUUAUUACACACUUUGCCAGCACAUAAAGCAGCUUAUAGCUUACAAUUGGUGAUGUUAACGCAUCAUCUCCUCAUAACUAGCAAUCAGGGAUCAUUAGUGGUCUGGGACGUAAGAACGGGUGAGCCAGUGCGAGAAGUGAGAUUGGGUCAUAAAGACAGCUGCAUUUUUGUAAAGCAAAUGCUGGCAUUGAGGGACAGUGUCGUCUGCGACUACGGUCGGCAAUUGAGAAUAGUCAGAUUUCCAUUGGUCUCUGAUAAGCUGGAUUAAGUUCUUUGCGCGUGUAUAUAGCCGUGUUUUUCUUUAUCUUAGCUUCUUAUUAUUUUAAAUGUCUUAUGUUAUUAAACUAGAUCUUAGAAACUAUAGAUUUUUAUACAAUAUAAUAUUGCGUGUACAUUCUAAAGAGUGAUGUAUAUUUUCGAUGUAAGUUUAUGUUACAUAAUAUACGUAUUCACGGGAAUAUAUUUUUUAUC